AUGGGCAACUCGCAAUGAUGGUGUUAUUGUUUUUAAAAAGCCAAAUAUCGUCCCAGCUGUAUUUCUUUUAAUUCUUCAAUAUAUCUAUACGGGAGUUCUUGAUCUAACUGAUCAAUCAAGUUUCAACAUUCUUGCACUUCUUGUAGCAUCCGACGAAUUAAUUCUUAAUAAAUUGGUGGAUUAUGUCCAAAAUCAUCUCAUUAAUAAAGAAUCAUCCUGGUUGCAAAAACAUUCUGUUGUCGCUUUGCACACAGUUUUUAAACUUCAAAGUUGCAAGAUAUUACAAGAUCACAUUAUACAAACUAUCUGUGCGGAUCCAAAAUCAUUCUUUGAGUUAAAGGAAUUUUCAACUCUGGACAAAGAUAUUUUUUUGAAACUUGUUAUGAGCAAUGAUUUAGAUUUUGACGAAAUUGAUACUUGGAAAUAUUUAGUAAAAUGGGGAACAGCUCAAUCUGCUCCUAAUGGAAAAUCUAAGAUGGAUAUCACUAAUUGGGGAGAUAAUGAUUUUGCAUCGCUCAAAAAGUCUUUAGAUCCGUUCAUACCAUAUAUUCGAUUUCAUGAAAUAUCUCGGGAUGAUUUUUAUUAUCAUGUAAGACCUUAUAAAAAAGUGAUUCCAGAAAAUCUUUAUGAAGAUUUAGUAGCAUAUCUCAUGGCCAAUGUAAAUCCCAAAUUUUCAAAAUUGCCUUCGCGUUGUGGAUCUAUUAAUAUCGAUUCUGUUAUAAUUGAAAGAGACAAAGCUGCAAACAUUAUUAAUUGGAUCGAAAAAAGAACAAAGUUUGCUAGAAAACCUCAUUAUAAAUUCAACCUUACUUAUCGUGCAACACGCGACGGAUUUGAUUACAAUAAAUUUAUCGCAAAUAAUUGUAGCGGCGCGAUUCUUGUUUUAAUUAAGAUCUCUGAUUCAGAAAAGAUAAUUGGUGGAUAUAACCCUCUAGGUUUGAGAAACAACUAUAAUAGAAGUUAUCAUUCGCAAUACUGGGAAGUGACUAAUGACAGCUUUAUUUUUUGUUUUGAAGAUAUUAAAGGUCCUAAUACUCAUACACUUAGCCGUGUGAAAAAUUCUUCAGCGGCAAUUUGUAAUCAUAGUGGACAUUGGAUGAAUUUUGGAAACAGUGAUUUGGUAUUAAAUGGUCAGAAUGGGACUUGUAUACAAGGUCAAUACGAUAAGAAGAUUUUAAAUGUCAAUAAUUUUGCUGUUAAGGAGUUAGAGACUUUUGUCGUGCAAAAAAACUAA